GCACAGUGGCAGAUCUGCGGGGCGGAGCGCGUAGCCUCACACCGCUGCUCUCCAUUUGGUCCAAAAACAAGGAGCUAUCGGGGUUCAUCUGUGAUCCCCACUCUUCAUACAACUUUACUGCUCUUCUGGCCCAGGGGCUGUGUACGGGACGUUCGGACGUGCGUAAAGGUCUAAACCAUCUUUUAACUGCUCUACGAAGGAGACAAACGGCGACAUUCUCCCGGAGGAACUCUGCAAGUAUUGGAAACUUCCCAACCCAGCAUCGAUCGAAGACCUCCCGCCCACUUUACCUCCACAACAGUGGAAGGAGGCUGGAGUAACAAAGGCUGCAUGGUUCAGUAGAACUCGUCUUUGCCUUCGUCUUUUUGACACACGGACUCUAAAGCUGCUUGGAUUUGAACAGAGGGACUCUGAGGCUGUAGUAACAGUGCAAACUCUGCACGAGGAAUAGCCGCAGAUCUUGAAUUGAUGCUUAAUCACAGAAAAGCGCAUCGGAGAGCACCCACUUUGGCAAAAGUCUGCUACUUCUGCUCUACGACUGAGCUGCACUAGUUAUUUGUAUUUGUGGGAUUUGCACAAGUUGCAUGCGCGUUUUCUGUCGCCUGUGAGCCGCAUCCAUCCGCUGUCAGGUUAUCAGAGACGUUCCGGAUAGUUGAGGAGCCAUGGCGAUGUGUUUUGGCUUAUGGAUACUGGCGUUGGCGCUGCGCCUUCAAGCUGGCUACGGACAGAUGGUACAGAUGGACCCCAGUAAGUCGGGCUUCGUGGGCUCCCAGGUGGAACUACGCUGCAUUUUCGUUAACAGUAACCCGCCGGUCAAGAUCUCCCAAGUCACCUGGCAGAAGGUCGUUAACGGUACCAAGCACAACGUGGCCAUAGCUAACCCGGCUCUGGGAGUGUCCGUGCUGCCCCCGUACAAGGAGCGUGUGAGUUUCAAACAGGCUGCAGUGCGCCAUCGGACCCCCUCGCUGGAAGACACCACGAUCGUCUUCUCUAACCUGCAGCUGUCAGACGAAGCUGCGUACAUCUGCGAGUACACUACGUUUCCUGCGGGGAACCGGGAGAACACGGUCAACCUCACCGUCUUUGCUCGACCUUCGACCCGCAUGACCCUCACAUCGCCCACCAUCGUCGCCAGGGCACAGAAGCGCAAGACGACAGUAGCCACCUGCGUAUCGGCCAACGGCAAGCCCCCGAGUAUCAUCAGAUGGGACACGCGGUUGAAGGGGGAGGCCACGUUCCAGGAGACGCGAAACCAGAACGGGACGGUGACUGUGAGGAGCAACUACAUGGUGAUCCCGAGUAGAGAGACGCAUAAGCAGAAACUCACCUGCAUCGUGACGUACCGCAGCGAGAAGAUCACGGACAGUGUGGUGCUCAAUGUGCAAUAUGAGCCUGAGGUGAAGAUCGAGGGCUUUGAUGGAAACUGGUACCUGAACCGCCAGAACGUACAGCUGACCUGCAGAGCCGACGCCAACCCUCCUGUCACCGUCUACCAGUGGAAGCUUUUAAACGGAUCCAUUCCCAGCAAUGUGGAAAUCAAAAACAACACGCUAUUCUUCAGGGGGCCCGUGACCUAUGACCUUGCAGGAACAUACGUGUGCGACGCCACCAACGGCAUCGGCACUCGCACGGGGAUCGUGGACGUCAACAUCACAGAAUACCCUAACAACUUGCCAGUCGAGGACCCAGACCCCAGUUCCGACCUGCACAACCCCGGGGCGGCCAUCGGGGGCGCUGUGGGGGGAGUUGUCCUGCUGGGCCUAGCUGCUAUUCUGCUCUUCGUGUUCCUGCGCCGGCGCCAGAGGACCUUCAAAGGCGACUACAGCACCAAAAAGCACGUCUUCGGUAACGGUUACGCAAAGGCAGGUGGGUUACCGGCACAUCCUCCCAUGCCAAAGAACCUGCAGUACCCGGACGAUUCAGAUGACGAGAAAAAGUCGGCGCAGAUCGGCGUCACCGGUAGCGACUUCGAUGCAGACGGUGAGGAUUUGAAGAGGCCCUAUUUCACGGUGGACGAGGGCGAAUCGCGGGAUUACGACGAGCGGACUCUUGCUUUCCAGUAUGAUCCUGAACCCGAGCUAGCCGACGAUAUGAUCUCCCAAACCGACGGCUCGGUUAUCUCUAAGAAAGAGUGGUACGUGUAAGGGCAUGCCGCAUUCAAAAACCAAACAGUCACCCUCCCCGUCACCCGCCGCACCCACCCACCCACAUCCCACCGUGCACCCAUCACCUGACCCCCACCCAACUGUCACGACACCCCCAAAACUCCCACGCACCAUUGGACUCCAGUAGAAAUUUGUCUCUUAGAUGCUAUAAUCACAUCAUUGGUAUCAGAUCCAUCAGGGGGAAUGGUUCACUGUGAGAGCAAUAGGAGCCGGACUUUACAGAGAGGAUUUAUGAGUUGGUCAAAACUGGUGUUAUUUUUGUGCAUUUUUUCAUGUUUUAAAUGUAUUAAAUGUAUCAAAAGAAAGAGACUGCAGGUUGAACAUUUUUGCUGAGCACAUUGUGAAAGUCCUACACUGGAUAUAAAGUACAGUACAGUUGUUUGAUUUUGUAUUUCCAUUGUUUAUUGCUUUAUAUUGUUAUUUUUUAAGUCUUUUUGUAUGAUUUUUAACUUGGGAACAGAGAGUUAGAUGUCCGAAACUAAAGUGGGUUUUUAGUGUUUGUAAUAUUGUGGUCAAAUGUUUCAGAAAAGAGAAAAAAACAUGUUUUAAAAGCACCUGUAUGACUUUCCCCUGAUUCAUGGUGUUACAGACUUUUACAGUUACAAGCACUGCUAUUUUCCCCAUUGUAUUUCAUGAAACCAUUGUUAAUGUGUAACGUUAAGGGUCAAUCUACUGAUGUAGGCAGUACUUGGAUCCCAAUUGCCUUUAUUUCAGCCCCAGUUUAAACGGCUGAUGAAAUGAACUGUAUACUUUGCAGUGCACCGGGACUCAACUGAUAAAGGUAAAACAUUUUCCUGUGGAUUACCAUUAUGUUCAAAUGUCUUAACACUUUUUACAUUUUGUUGAGUGCCCUUCUAUGAAAACUCCUCAGUACUGUCUUAAGUAACCUGCAGGUUUUCAUGAGGAGACGCCAUGGACUCAAAUGACGAGAAAGAUGCUACUAUCGUUUUAAUAUGUAAAGGGAAAAUCAAUGUUGGUGACUUUGCUGGAUUUUAAUGUCACCUGCUGCUUUUGUUUUGUUUUUAUUAUUAUUUGUAAUUAAUUUUAGAUUUAUUGGUGGAUUGUUGUCUUUCAAAUAUGAAUCCGUCUGCAGUAACAUCCAAAGGCAUUACUCAUCUGGCUAUUUCAGUCACUCAAAACCAGUGGAGGCUUAAGGCGAGCUGAUAAUGUCUUGUUUCCUUCCCAUUACACAAUCCGAAAAUCCAUUUAAAACAAACACAAGAGGCUCAGUGCAAGAAGUAAAACAAUGCAAAAGCCUGUAGAUGUGCUUAAGCACCUAUCUGGCUCUGAAAAAUAUAAAUACUGUAUUAAGCCUUAUUUUAUGCAUGAUUUUCUGUGGGAGUGGAAGUGCAUAUGUUGCUAUUUUUUCUGUUUGGAUUCAGUGCAUUCAAAAGCGGCAACAAUGUCCCUGUUGUCAGUAUUAACAGACUGUGGGUGCACAAUCCCCAGUAACAAUAUGCCACUUUUAAUACAGACCUCCAUAUACAGUAAAUAAAUGCAUUCAUACAAAUAGAAAUAUAUAGCAGAGGCUGGACACAUCCUGCUCAGAGUUUUUUAGAACAUGCUUGUCUACUCUGUGUAAAUAGGUGAGCAUGUUAAUAAUCAUGAGCCUCAAACCCAAAUGGGGAAACUCGCAGCACUAUCAUGGUACAAUCUGUUCAUUCUAGUGUACAGUUACUUUUCUGUUGUACAGAAAGGAAAAUGAAAGUUGUAUCCAAGCAUUUCACGAAAAGGGAAUGUUUUUUUCAGCCUACUAGCUUUUAUUUCCUUUAAUAUAUAUUUUUUUUAAUUCCAAAAAUCACUGUAGCAUUCAAUAACGGCACCAAUUAUGUAGUAACUUCAUUUGUAUGGGUACUACAAUUUCUACUGUGGCUAAAAUAACCAUUUAAUUUCAGGUUAAGAUCAGUGUUUUUGUUUCAUGUGCAAGCUUUCGUUUUAAUCUACAGUUAUGUUUAUUUUAAAAACACUAUAUGGCUGCAGCCCCGUUUGCAUUGUAUCAUUUUUAUUUGGUUUAUUCUCGCAUUCAGUGCCUAUAACACCAAAAGACUUUAGCAAAUGUGAUUGGCUGCUGCGUUCAUUCACAGAAAAGGGCCAAACUGUGACAUAGAGUAAGUAUGUCUUUUCUCUCUAAAUGCAGUAACGCUGGAUAGUCUUACUACAACUUGUGUCUUAGCCGACCAUGUCUGACAUAUUGAAGCACAAACUGUCUAAAUCCUAUAAAAAGAGAUUUCAAUUGGGCCAAUUUUGAAAGCACAAGUAGGUUUUAUUUAGUCACUGCCACAUUUUCAGACAAAAUGGAGAGUUAUUUUUUAAUCUGAUCUGAGUUGUGUCUUUUUUCAUCGUCUUUCUGUUCAAUCAUGAGUUCCACUGUAACUUCAUUCCAUCUUCUCCUUUUUGUAUUUGUUGGACAUUCCACUGUAAAUAUUGUACAUAUGGUUGAAAACAUAGUUGGGAUUUAUUUAGAGAUGUAGAGCCCAGUUCAUGUAAAAUAUACCUAUUUUGACUGCAAAAAUAGAGACUCAACAAUGGCUAUAAACGAAAGAUGAUUCAUAGCUUCUUUCCAAAGUCGUACCCCAAAAAUACCGUUUCAAAAUGCCACUAGCGACUUCACUGUCAUGCAGAGGGUUUUGCAUACAGUUCGUCCAUGUAACGUCAACAGAAAAAGAAAAAGAGAGACUUGUGUAUGCAGCCAUGUGAAUGUAUAUUUCUGAGGGUGUUACAAAAAAUCUCUUGUUCAAUUGUGAUGAUACAGUGAAGUAACUUGUAUUUGUUUUCAACAUUAAAUGAGUUCAAUAGUCAAAAA